CUGUUACCUAUGCUCAAUUAAAAGAGACUGGGUUUAAAAGGUUCAGGUUGGGUCCUGAGUAUUUUAGGAAAAAGUUCAGAGGGUUAACACCUCAACCUGGUAAAUCUAUGGUAGAGGUAAACUUAGUGGAAAAGGUAAACUUGUGGAAAACAAAACAUCUGUGGUAGAUUAUGUGCUGAAUCUUAAACAAACCCUGGAUACACUCUGGAGACUGGUUCAAGCGAAUGUAACCAAGGCCCAAAAGGUGCAAAAAUUCUGGUACGAUCAAACUGCACGCUCUAGAGUAUUUGAGGUAAGGGAUCAAGUAAUGAUAUUUCUCCCCCUGUGCAAAGGCAAGCUCAAAGCUGCUUGGGAAGGCCCCUACGUAAUUAGAGACAAAAUGGGUGAUUUGAUAUAUGUGGUGGUUAAAGAAAAGUCUGAGAAAAAAACUAAGGUGGUGCAUGUAAAUAUGAUAAAGCCAUACCAUAUAAGAAGUGGAGUGGUUUUAAAAGUGCAUAAGGUCCCUGAAGAAAAUAUGGAGCAAGGGGAAGAAGAGGUAUUGGACAUCUUAAGCCCCUGGUUAGAAGAAUGCAAUCCAGACCAUGGUCAGAACCACUCACCCCUGGUGACAGGAAAAAACAUACUGUCAGUAUCAGAAUUUUCUGACGUUUUUCAAAACAAACCUGGAAAAACUGAUUUGACUGUACAUAGCACUGACACAGGAGACAAACCUCCAAUAAGGUCACCCUCUUAUCGAGUCAGUGGAAAAGUGCUGAGUAUUACGAGAGAUUUGUUCCCCAUUUUGUUGUAAUUGUUGGACCUUUGUCUGAUUUAACAAAGAAAUGUAAACCUGACAAAAUUGUGUGGACUGAUGAAUGUCAGGAAGCUUUUGAUAGACUAAAAGAUAUUUUAAGCUCAAGGCCUGUGUUAAAAGCACCUGAUUUUGAAAAGACCUUUAUCGUAGCUACUGAUGCCUCUGAAAUUGGCAUAAGAGUAGUGCUGCUACAAGACCAUGAUUCUGUUAAACAUCCAGUAGGAAGCUUUUACCAAGAGAAAGAAACUUGUCUACUAUACAGAACGAAUGUUUGGCAGUGGUGCAAGCUCUGGACAAGCUCAAGCCUUAGGUUUUUGGACAAGAAUUUACCUUAUGGACUGAUCACCAUGCAUUACAAUGGAUUCAAACAAUGCAAAAUACCAACUCAAAGCUCCAGAGAAGGUCCUGGAAGUUGCAGGAAUUUCAGAUGAACAUUGAGCAUGUGCCUGGGAAAGAGAAUGUCAUUGCAGAUGCCCUUUCAGUCAAGACUGUUGCCCUUUUGAUCAUGUUGGACAUUUCACAAUUCUCUUCUGUAAAAGAAAAUUGUUCCACUUUAAGAGAAGUGGGGGAAGAUAUGAAGGUUUGAGGCCUACACAGGGUUGGGUUUGGUUUGGUUUAAGCCUGAAGGCCUAAAAAUCUCCUGAGGGGAGAAGGGCAUGCCUGAGUUUCAUUUUCUCCCUAAAGGAAUUAAGUUUCAUUUCUCCAGUUUUAGAUCAUUUGAUUGUAUGUUUGAGUUCUGUGGGAGAGUAUAUAAAGGGGUGGAAUUAACUGUACACACGAGAGUGAGAACUACAAAGAGAGCUGCAGAGAGCCACGGAGAGAGAGACUCUGAAGAACAGCAGCCACGAGAAGUCUGGAAGGGCUCUAGGCCAAAGCCUACAGAAAUGUUGAGUGAAGACAACUCUUUAUACCUAAAGAAGAAAAAUGCUGGUUUUCUCUGCCGUGCACUAAGCGAGUUCUACAUGAAGAUGAAAAGGCCAAGUGGGUUUUUAAAAGGUACUUUCAAACAUAUCAUCGUAGUUGUGAUUCUUCUUUGCAUCAUUUACAAGGUCAUGUUAAACUUUGAUUCUGAGGAAUGUGACCUGACAAGAAUUCAUUAUGUGAACCCUGAGUAUAUCAAGAAAGCCCAGAAGUAUGCCGAUCAAGUUCUGCAAGCCGAGUGUCGACCGUCUUUUGUGAAGAAAGAGAUGGGCAGGUUAUUUAUGCAGAAGUACAGUAUGAAUGCUUCUCCUUUUAUAAGGAAAGACAUAAAUAUGGACCAAGCUGUCUUCAAAUAUAAACCACCCUUUGGAUUUCACAAGUUUUCAGAAAAACUUCAAGACCUAUUGGAAUUUUUACCGGAAUAUGAUUUACCAGAAAGCUUGCUGUCAAAGCCCUGUAAACGUUGUGUGGUUAUUGGGAACGGCGGGAUACUUCGUGGAUUGGAGCUGGGUUAUGCCCUGAAUCAAUUUGAUAUUGUUAUCAGAUUAAAUAAUGCGCCAGUUCAGGGAUAUACAGAUGAUGUUGGAAAUAAAACUACCCUAAGGAUGACCUAUCCAGAAGGUGCCCCCUUAUCUCAACAUGAAUAUUGUCCAAGUGGUUUGUUUGUUGCUGUUUUAUUUAAAAGUGUUGAUUUUGAUUGGAUUCAAGCAAUGGUGAAAAAUGAAACACUGCCACUCUGGAUACGACUGUUUUUUUGGAAGCACGUGGCUGAGAAAAUACCUGUGAUGCCUAAACAAUUUCGGAUCUUGAACCCACUAAUCAUAAAAGAGACUGCUUUUGAUAUUUUGGAGUAUCCUGAACCUCGAUCAAAGUUCUGGGGAUGGGAUACGAAUGUACCUACGAUUGGAGUGACGGCAGUUGUUAUGGCUACGCAUUUAUGUGAUGAAGGUAUUAGCUAUCCCACCCAAUUUUGUGUCAUCUGCAAAUUUGAUCAGCGUUCCCUGCACCUCCUCGUCCAAAUCAUUAAUAAAAAUGUUGAAGAGCACUGGGCCCAGGACUGAGCCCUGCGGUACCCCACUCAUUGCCUCUCCCCAGUUUGAGAAGGUUCCAUUGAUAAGUACUCUUUGAGUCCGAUAAAUAAAAUACACUUUAUUUAAAAACA